AUGUCUCCGACACCACCAACCCCACAAACAACAACUAUUGAAUUAUCCGCUAUAUCAUUAGCUGCAAAGAUACCUGAUUUUUGGCAGGACCAGCCGCGACUAUGGUUUUUACAAGUGGAAGCUAUUUUAGCACAACAAAAGGCAGGUGAUCAAUCAAACUACAAUAUGGUCAUCGCAAAAUUAGGAAAGCAAGCAAUUCAGCAAGUUGCGGAUAUCCUUGAGAAGCUGCCUAGUGAGAACAAAUUCGAUACUCUAAAGGCCAGAUUGCUUAGUGUUUACGAGGAGACAGAAGCGAAGAGAUUACAGCAAUUGAUGGCAGACAUGGGAUUGGGUGAGCAACGACCAUCUCAGCUAAUGAGGAGAAUGCGUGACCUUGCGCGUGAUAAAAUUCCGGACGACACUUUAAUCUAUUUUUGGCAAGGUCAUCUACCACCAUCGGUAAGGGCAGUCGUAGCGUCAGCAGAUUCAAAAAACUUAGAAAGCCCUGAAAGUAUUGCCGACAAGGUCAUGGAGACGUUUAAACCGAAUGAAGUCGCCUCAAUUCAGACAACAUCGCGCCAAAGUUCACCGAAUGAUUUUAUAACGGCGGCGAAAGUGGGCGGCAGGCUCGGAGACGUCUGCCGCCUACACAAGGGUCCCUGCGCAGGCGGGCGCGAUGCAUGA